GUUAUUUUUGGGAUUCUCUUUGCCCAGCCCCAGAACCUCCCUAGAACCCUCGUCAUCUUCUUUCCUUUCCCCGUGGCCUCAAAAGACCCUCUCGACGCAUUCCCAGGCCAUCCCAUCUUCAACCUUCAAGAUGGGUACGCCAAAUUACUCGGCACAUUCGCCCCGGGAGAGCGAGAGCAGCUACUUCUCCCAUGCGUCUCCUUCUCAAGCGCAUCCACCCUACCACGCGGAUGAACCUGAACACGACGAGCAGGAACAAUCGCUGCUGCAGCGCAACACCUCCAGUCAUUAUGGCACCCCUUUCGAUGAUCCCGCCGUCUCGACCGAUUCCCUGCGGCGGUACACCUUGCACGACUCCGGGCCGUCGGUCUUUGCCGCACCCCCCUAUCAAGAAUCCGAAGGAGCCUCCGACAUCUACAAUGCUCGGAGCAAUGGCGACAAAGCCUCUCGCGAGGGCAGUCGCGCGGGUGCCCUUCGCCGAUAUGGAACGAGAAAGAUCAACCUGGUGCAGGGUUCCGUCCUGAGUGUCGAUUACCCCGUGCCGAGUGCCAUUCAGAACGCUAUUCAACCCCAAUACCGGGACGCCGAGGAGGCCUUUUCCGAGGAAUUCACGCACAUGAGAUAUACGGCCGCCACCUGUGAUCCGGAUGACUUUACGCUGCGCAAUGGAUACAAUCUCCGGCCGGCGAUUUACAACCGGCACACCGAGUUGCUGAUUGCCAUCACCUACUAUAACGAAGACAAGGUGUUGACCGCGCGUACUCUGCACGGUGUGAUGCAGAACAUUCGCGAUAUCGUCAACUUGAAGAAAUCCGAGUUCUGGAACAAGGGUGGCCCUGCCUGGCAGAAGAUCGUCGUCUGUCUGGUCUUUGACGGUAUCGAGCCUUGCGACAAAAACACGCUGGAUGUGUUGGCGACCAUCGGUAUCUACCAGGAUGGAGUGAUGAAGAAGGACGUUGAUGGGCGAGAAACCGUCGCCCACGUUUUCGAAUAUACCACUCAACUGUCCGUCACUCCCACGCAGCAGUUGAUCCGCCCCCAGGGUACUGAGACGACCAACCUGCCCCCCGUGCAGAUGAUUUUUUGCUUGAAGCAGAAGAACAGCAAGAAGAUCAAUUCCCACCGUUGGCUGUUCAACGCCUUUGGUCGAAUUCUCAACCCGGAAGUCGUCAUCCUGCUGGAUGCCGGUACCAAGCCCGGCCACAAGUCUCUCCUCGCUUUGUGGGAGGCCUUUUACAAUGACAAAACUCUUGGUGGAGCCUGUGGUGAGAUCCACGCCAUGUUGGGUCAAGGCUGGCGCAAGGUCCUCAACCCUCUUGUCGCCGCUCAGAACUUCGAGUAUAAGAUUUCCAAUAUUCUCGAUAAACCUCUAGAAAGUGCCUUCGGUUAUGUCAGUGUCUUGCCCGGUGCAUUCUCUGCCUAUCGUUAUCGCGCCAUCAUGGGUCGGCCGCUGGAGCAGUACUUCCACGGUGACCACACGCUCUCGAAACGUCUCGGAAAGAAGGGUAUUGACGGCAUGAAUAUUUUCAAAAAGAACAUGUUCUUGGCCGAAGAUCGUAUUCUUUGCUUCGAAUUGGUGGCCAAGGCCGGUUUCAAGUGGCAUCUCAGUUACGUCAAGGCCUCCAAGGGUGAGACCGAUGUUCCCGAGGGCGCGGCCGAAUUCAUCAGUCAAAGAAGACGUUGGUUAAACGGUUCGUUUGCUGCCGGUUUGUAUUCCAUCAUGCAUUUCGGUCGUAUCUAUCGCAGUGGCCACAGCAUCAUCCGCAUGUUCUUCCUGCACAUCCAGAUGAUCUACAACGUCUGCCAACUGAUCAUGACCUGGUUCUCCCUCGCUUCCUACUGGCUUACUAGUUCCGUCAUUAUGGACCUGGUCGGUACACCUAGCAAGAGUAACAAGGAGAAAGGUUGGCCCUUUGGAAACGAGGCAUCGCCCAUUGUGAACAACUUUGUCAAAUACGGUUAUGUCUGGGUUCUUGUGCUGCAAUUCAUGAUGGCUCUGGGUAAUAGGCCGAAGGGUGUGAAAAUCCCUUACCUCCUGUCUUACCUCUACUUCUCCCUGGUUCAGUUGUACGUGCUCAUCCUGUCAUUCUACCUGGUGGUGGGCGCCUUCAACGGUGGCAUGAUGGACUUCAACUUCGACGAAAGCGUGGGCACGUUCUUGGCAUCCUUCUUCAGCUCCAGCGGUGGUGGUAUCGUCCUGAUCGCCUUGGUUUCGACCUACGGUAUCUACAUCAUUGCCAGUGUGCUGUACAUGGACCCCUGGCAUAUUCUGACCAGUUCCUGGGCCUACUUCUUGGGUAUGACGACCUCGAUCAACAUUCUGAUGGUGUACGCCUUCUGCAACUGGCACGAUGUCUCGUGGGGUACCAAGGGAUCGGACAAGGCGGAAGCGCUGCCCUCGGCACAGACCAAGAAGGACGACGACAACAAGCAGAACUUCAUUGAAGAAAUCGACAAGCCGCAGGCCGAUAUCGACAGUCAAUUCGAGGCGACGGUGAAGCGCGCGUUGACGCCGUGGAUCGAGCCGGAAGAAGAGGGAGGCAAGAGUCUGGACGAUGCCUACCGAAACUUCCGUACCGUUUUGGUGUGCCUGUGGGUGUUUAGUAACUUGUUGGUGACGUUGUUGAUUACUGCUACUGGUGUUGACAAGAUGUGUUUGACUAACACUUCUACCACCCGUACCUCCUGGUACUUCGAGGUGAUUCUGUGGAUCACGGCCGGUCUGUCACUGUUCCGCUUCAUCGGAUCAUUAUACUUCCUGGGUCGCUCUGGUAUCCUGUGCUGUGUGUCCCGGCGUUAAGCCCGUCGCCUCGCCAGCCACGUUGCAUGGCUGUGUGCCGUACAACAGUGAUGCAUUGUCGGAGCAACCAACCUGCAUGAUUAUGUCGUGUUAUCCAGCGCCUGGUUCAUGGGACUGUACAUUUAUGGCCAAUGCUGUGUUGAUUUUUUCCUUUUUCUUCUUGUUUCUUUCCUAUGCAAUGAUAAUAAUAGAGCGAGUUGAUAUAUACCUAUAUAUAUAUAUAUAUAGUCAGUGUCUGUCUGGGAUCGAUUUGACUGAUAUAUUACUACUACUAGCGGAGAUGAAUACUAAGAACUAAAUGACAUGAUUGAUUUCUCGG